CAUUGAUCAAAUAUCAUUAUUGGUUACAGAUGCACCAUUUUCUGCUUGCUAGAUUAACAACUAGGACUCCUCACUUUGGUGUUCUUUGUCACAAUGUCAUUCUUUUCUUCAAUUCACGCACUUUAUCUGUGUCAAACACAAAUCAUCACAAAGGUGGCACCUUUAAUGCAUUUAGCAUCAUCAAUUCAUGUGGGUUGUCCCCUGAAAAGGCACUGGAAAUCUCCAAAAGGUUGAAAUUGAAAAACCCAGAUGGGGCAAAUGCUGCAAUUGAUCUUCUCAGGAACCAUGGGUUCUCAGAGAGCCAGCUAUGUAGCCUUGUAAAGAAAUUCCCUUCCGUGCUUUUGUCAAAUUCAGACAAGAUCCUUUUGCCAAAACUCAAGUUCUUUCGUUCUAUUGGGUUUUCAGCCACUGACCUUCCCAAAUUCCUCGUUAUGAAACCUACAUUUCUGAAAUCAAGCUUGGAGAAAACCAUUAUCCCUUGUUAUGGGGUAAUCAGAAGUCUAGUUCGCAAUGAUAAUGAAGCAGUUUCCACUUUAAAGCAUGGGCUGUGGCACUGUAGCAGCAAUGUGGUGAAUAAUUCACUUCCAAACAUAGAGGCUUUGAGACAGCUUGGUCUGCCUCAAAGCUCCAUUUCUCUCCUGGUAGCCAAUUUUCCUAGUGUCACAUUUAUGAAGCAUGCAAAGUUUGUUGAAGCUGUGGAGAAAGUGAGGGAACUGGGGUUUGAUCCUUCGAAAACAAAUUUUGUUAUGGCACUAAAAGUUUUUGCAGAUAUGAGUGAAGCAUCAUGGAAAUCGAAGUUCGAGGUUUUGGAGAAGUGUGGCUGGUCAAGUGAUGUCUUUCUUUUAGCUUUCAAGAAGCAUCCCCAGUUUAUGGUCUCAUCAGAACACAAGAUUCUGAAAAUAAUGAGCUUUUUGAUGAAGGAUAUGGGUUUGGCACCCAAAGAAAUUGCUAGAUGCCCUGCGCUUCUUAAAUGCAACUUGGAGAAGACAGUUAUCCCUAGAUUUGCAGUGGUUAAAAUUUUGAAGAGAAGGGGUUUGGUAAAGAGUGAUUUGCAAAUAAGUACCUUUAUUAAGAUCAGUGAGAAAUUGUUUUUGAAGAAAUAUGUGACUCGAUUUCAGAGUCAUGAGCCAUUAGUUUUGGCUGCAUACAAAGUUAACUUGUAAAUGUCAUCGGCAGAUGGUAGCUAAUUUUUUAUUAAGGCCUGCAAAGGAUGCAAAGGAUGCAAAGGACCAUGUGUGCAUUUCCUUGUGAGUAUUAUGUCUCUAAUCCUUAUACCAUUCUCCAUCUCACAAUUUAUGAUAUAAUAUUAAGGACUAAAUAUGUUUUUAGUAUCUGAACUUUGACGCAAAAUUAGAAUUUGUCUCCACUCGAAAUUUUGAUAUAUUUUAGUCUCAAAACUUUAAAAAUGAAUAGAUACAGUCAUUUUAACUCAAUUUCUUUAUAUAUUUUUUACAUGUCAAAUACAUUUUCUAGCUGACAUUGAAGCGGGAAUAUGUCAAUCGGUGUAAACAACUUAAAUGCUAGCAUGAAACACGUUUGACAUGUCAAAAUUUUUUUACCGUAAUUGAGUGAAAAUGACUAUAAAUGACUAUAGUCAUUCAUUUUUUAAGUUUGGGAACUAAGAUUUAUCAAAGUUUUACACUGGGACGAAGUCUAAUUUUGUAUCAAAGUUCAGGGACUAAAAGCUAAUUUCGCGUCAAAGUUCAGGGACUAAAAACUAAUGUUAAUGAUCUUCAAGUUUGACAUACAACUUUAUUAGUUGAAAAUUUCCUUUCUUUGUUAACUUGUGUUGACAAUAGCCCAAUGUACUAACUGGAUUUUAGCUUCUCAACAUAGUAAUCUACACAAUAACAAUCUUUAUAGGUUGUUGGCUUGUUAUCUGACAAAUGGAAUCAGUUUAUUUGUAGCAAAUGUGAGGGUCUCCAAUUUGCAUAUGCUGCUAAAAUUGAGAGUGUACCAAGUUAAACCUUGCUUCUCAUAUUGUGUAAGUUUUUUAGUUGGUUGGUGCAAUUAAGUGAUUGUAUAGUAUAUACAUGUAAGACAACUAUUGUCAUUUACUUGAUGAUAAUAUUACACUUUGAACUAUUUAUGAGACUAGAUUAUCCUUUAGAAUCUGGGAGCACCAACAUUGCAGCUGUUUUAAUUCUGAAGUUUAUUUGGAGAAAUGUAUGUUUUAACUAGCCUUAUCAAUCCUUGUUAGGGAUGAAACUCAAUAAUUCAAUAAAGUAUUUGCUCUAGCUUUGGCACAGUUUUGCUACCAUUAUUUUUAAUCUGCUGCACUUUGAGAAGCACUCUGAUACUCCAAAGGGUAAUUUGACUCUCCCAGAUGAAGUAGUGAUCCUUUGCAGUUGCUCAGAAUGGUAAUAUUUGUUCUUGAAGUUUCAUUUUUUGUACAUGGAAACUUCAUUGCAACCAGUUAUAAAUAAAGAUUAUUGUUUUCCAUU